ACUGGUUGGGUGCAUCCGACAAAAAUGGAAAUACAACAAUGCAUGUCAGCUGUUUAGCUUGCAUAACCUCUAUCGAAAACACAAACACAAUUUUUCAGGAACAUGAUAUCGGCUGUCCGAAAUUUGUUAACACAACGCGUCUCUGCUGGCCUACCUCUGUUACGCCUGACUACAGCUUUGUAUAGUACUGAUGUGGCAGCCACCACUGGCGAAGGACUAGCAACUAUUGCACCAGCGUCUAUCAAUGAAAUAGCUGCUGAAAAGGAUAAAUUAUUUAGUAAACUGGAAAUUGAAUUACGAGGAAUUGAUCCGGCGGUGUUGAAAAGUUAUGCGUGGUUUGCAACGACGGCAGCAAAUCACUUGAACAUUGAAGUGGGAAAAUGCUGGGCUGAGCGCAAGGCACACCAUGACCGCUUGACUCUUCUGAAAUCGGUGCACAUUUAUAAGAAGCAUCGCGUUCAAUACGAAGUCCGCACAUACUUCCGAUACCUGAAUUUCCACAAAUUGACCGGCUCAACGUUAGACACUUUUCUAGAGUAUAUUGAACGUAAUCUACCCGAAGGUGUUGCUUUAAAUGCUACGAAAACCGAAAUACAAGAAAUGCCGGAACACUUGAGACAGCCACCAAGUGAAGUCCAAUCAUAAGUGACUUCAAAGUGUGCUUCCAAGUUUUUAUUUAUGCUAAAAUGUUAUGAUUUAAGCGAAUAUAUUAAACAACCAUAACAUGUAGCCACUACAACAACAACAACAACCAAACACUGUUUUCGUUAGUUAAAAAUUAGUUUUGUAAAAGCCUGGACGACAUUGUUUUCUUCGUAUAAAAAUUACCAUCUAUGCAGCAUAUGAAAGUACAUUAGUGUGCGCCUUAUUUAUAUGGAGAUUUUUAAUUUUUUUUUAUUUAUUUAAAUGCAUUUCAGAAAAACUCAAAUGUAUUUCAGAAAAGGCCAAGUGUAUUUCAGAGAAGCUCUAUGUAUUCCAGAAUAGACCCAGGGUGUGAGCAUCAGUCUCUUCCACAUCUAAACAUUGUGUUAUGUCGCUGAAUAUUGAGGUAAGAUGGUUGGAGAAGUGUCUUAUUUUCGAAACUAAAUUCCAACUAAGUAUUUAACCAUGGUUGCGCAUACUGGACAUUACCAUCCAUUAUAAUUCAGAAAUAAAGAGACUGAUGCUUUGGCUUGAUGCACGAGCACAAUCGCAAUAGAUAUAUGUAGUUUCUUUCCCUUGCUUUAUUAUUUGAUCCAUGUACUUCAGUCGCCUUUCUACCGCUCUCGGUCCGUCCGUUGAUUGAACGCUCUUAUUAGUUUUAGCAUAAUUAUUUACCCUAGCCCAAACAUUCUCAAUCGGUUGAGCAUCGACGAGUAUGGCCCAGGCGCAAGAGGGUGGGUGCCCACUACUUGCUCAAAUCCAGCAUAGCUGGUGCAUUUUCGCUGAACAACAAUAAAUCGCAAAUUACGUUGCUCCCAAACCCACCUCUU